UUUGUUCAUAGAAUUUUGAAUAAAGUUUUAACUCUAUAUGUUUGUCAUUUUUUGCAAAUACAGAUUAUACCUGAUCGUUGCCGACAUGUUGUCUUAUCCACCAAAAUUGAAGUUCGCCUUGCAAAAGCCGAGCGUAUUCACUGGAAUUCUCUUGAAUUCAGCCAGGAAAAUGCAGUUGUACAAAGGGUUAAUGUGUCCUCUGUUACUGCAGCUCAGAGGCCAACCUACCCAUCUUCAAAACCCAAAAGGGUUGAUUGGGAUAAACUUGAAGCUCAAGUGAAAAAGGAGGAGAAAGAAGAAAAGUUAGAUGGUGAUGCAGCUUUAAACAAAUUUUUCCAGGACAUUUAUCGGGAUGCUGACGAGGACGCAAGAAGAGCCAUGAGCAAGUCCUUUGUGGAAUCGAAUGGCACAGUGCUGUCAACAAACUGGAAAGAAGUUGGUUCCAAGAAGGUCGAGGGUAGCCCACCUGAAGGCAUGGAAAUGAAAAGUUGGGAUCAUUAAAACUAUUGCUCCAAUCAGACAUCAUGUGACAUAAGAGAAUGAUUUUGCUUCAUGUUUCGUCUGGUUGUGAAAUGUGCGAGUCAUGCCUGUGGCUCAGGAGGCACUAGUAGAUCGAAAUCUUUCCUUUUUUCCUUUUUAACUUCUUGGGCUUGUCACAUAUUUUCUAUUUGUGUCUUUCCAAAAGUGUGGCAUAUCUAGAAAUUGCAGUGAACUUGUUUGUCUCCUGGUCGAACUUUUAGUGAUCCAUAUAAUUUCUGCUAAGUUGGUCUGCACAUAAGUUAUUGUGCUUGUUUCAGAGUUGCUGGAAAAAUCAAGUGAAUGGACAUGAUAAAUUUGUUAUUUAUGAUUCUGUCUUGAACUCGAACAAUUUUCGUCCCAAA